CGGAAGCGGCGCUGCCCGGCGCGGCCCGGGCGUCCGAAGGGCGGGGCUCGGGCUGCGGACGGGUGGCGAGCGGGCCGUCGCGGACGCGGGGCGAGGGGAGGACGUGGGCCGGGUCCCUCGCGGGCCCCCGGGGCUGCCCGAGACGCACGCCCGACCACCGCCCGCGGCGACAGCCCCCGGCGCAGCCCGCCGCCGCCUCCCCGAGGGGGGGGGUGUCUCGGCCGGCGGAGCCACGCCCCGGACACAGGUCUCGCGACAGCUGAGCGAAUCACACGAGCGGAAAAUGGCCUGUCGCGGGCCCGGCGGCCCCGCGAGCCUGGCGCCCUGGGCGGCUGCCCUGCUCCUCGCCCUGGGCGUGGAAGGGGCUCUGGCGCUACCCGAGAUCUGCCUGGAGUGUCCCGGGGACGUGCAAAACGUGUCCGAAGUGGCCCGUUAUUGUAAGCAGACACCCGCGCUAAUGCUGCAUGCCCGCUGCUGCCUAAAUCAGAAGGGCACCAUCCUGGGGCUGGAUCUCCGGAACUGUUCCCUGAAGGAUCCGGGUCCACGCUUUCCUCAGGCGCUCACUGCGGUCAUCAUAGACCUGCAAGCAAACCCCCUUGAGGAGAACCUGACCGACACCUUCCGGGGCUUCACUCAGCUGCAGACUCUGGUCCUGCCACGAGACGUCAAGUGUCCUGGAGGAAUUAAGGCCUGGGAUAAUGUCACUGAUGGUCGAGAGAACAGAACCUGCCUGGGACAAAGGAAUCUUUGCAAUGACACCAGAGACCCAGCAAUGUGUCCUGAGAACGGCUCCUGCGCGCCCGAUGGCCCAGGUCUCCUGCAGUGUGUUUGUGCCGACGGUUUCCACGGCUACAAGUGCAUGCGCCAGGGCUCUUUCCCACUGCUUAUGUUCUCCGGGAUUCUGGGAUCCACCACGUUAGCCAUCUCCGCCGUGCUCUGGGGCACCCAGCGCCGCAAAGCCAAGGCGUCCUGAACCCCCCGCCCCACCCCAGGUCGUGCUUCCCCCGAAAGGGCACCUGCCUGCUCUCCGCCCGGCAGGGCGCUCUUCUUCCUGGCUGGCUGGCAUCGCUGCCCGGGCGGAUCCUCGGCACUGAGGCCGCCCCUGGAGAGAGGAGGGAAGCGGACAGCCCUGCAGCGUCCAGGCCGAGACUGGACCAGUACCAGGGAAAAUUGUGUGUCGUUUAAUUGUAAUAAAGUCGUUUGUUUGGUUUC